GCCCAGAUCGCCUUUCUUCAAGGUGAAAGGAAAGGACAAGAAAAUCUGAAGAAGGAUCUAGUGCGAAGAAUCAAAAUGCUGGAAUAUGCGCUUAAACAAGAAAGGGCUAAAUAUCACAAAUUAAAAUAUGGCACAGAAUUGAAUCAGGGAGAUAUGAAGGCGCCAAACUAUGAUUCUGAUGAAGGGAAUGAGACCGAAAUUCAGCCACAACGGAACAGUCAGCUAAUAUGGAAACAAGGACGACAGCUGCUAAGACAGUAUCUACAAGAAGUGGGCUACACCGACACAAUAUUGGAUGUGAAGUCAAAACGAGUACGAGCUUUAUUGGGCCUCUCAAGUGAUUCUUCAGAGAAGGAAAACAGAAAUCAAGAACCAAUGGUAAAUGGCACAGAAGGCCAGAUUAAAGAAAACGCAAUGAUUGGGAAACCUGAAUUGACUGACUCUGCCUCUCUGCUAGAGGCUUUCAAGUUUCUUGAAAACGCAGCUGCAGACUUUAGUGAUGAAGAAGAUGAAGAAGAUAUUGAAGGAAGAGAGAAAACAAUCAUUGAUACCGCAACAAUUGUAAGGAAAAGAGUGCUAUCUGACAGCAGUGAAGACAGAGAUACAGAAGAAGCUUUGAAAGAGUUUGACUUUUUGGUUACCUCAGAUGAAGGUGAUGGGGAAUCAAGAAGUUCAGGAGAUGGAACAGACUGGGAAAAGGAAGACCAGUGUCUCAUGCCUGAAGCUUGGAAUGUCGACCAGGGAGUAAUAACCAAACUCAAGGAACAAUACAAAAAGGAGCGCAAGGGGAAAAAAGGGGUGAAGAGAAAAACUACCGAAGAUAUGUUUCAGCCUCAAUCCUAUAUAAAACAGUCAAAACAGGGAUGUGGGAAAAUGAUGGAGCAAAGCACAGGGCCCAACAGGUCCAAGCUGCAAGAUAUGCUUGCAAACUUGAGAGAUGUUGAUGAUCUCCCUUCAUUACAGCCAUCUGUUGCACCACCUUCUAGGCCCAGUAGCUCAAGGCUCAUUGAACAUGAAAUAAACAGGACAGAUGAAG